GAACAGACGAAACGAGCGGAAGGAAGGCUUCGAGGCACGGAAUACGAUGCCGGCGUAGCUGCUAGGUUAAGCCUGUCCCGAUGUUUUAGCGCGCAUCGUUUCCACCAAGAUGCCUUCGUCGCCCAAGCGCAGGAAGGAACGCGAACGUCCCAGACGCCGAAAGCGUUCCAGAGACCGGAGCGAUAGAGAUCGAUCCGGUGGGCGUGACCGCAAACGUUCAUCUGAACGGGAAAGGGAUCGAGACCGUGACCGGGACCGAGGCAGACGGAAGUCGCGAUCCAGAUCAAGAUCGCGUUCGAGAUCGAGGUCGUACGAACGCAAUCUAGAUAAACCGACGUCCUCGCGUCGUGCUGCCCAAAUGAAGCCCAUGGUACCGGAAUCCGAACUUGAAGGCAAAACACCCGAAGAACAGGAAAUGCUUAAAACGAUGGGCUUUUGCGGGUUCGAUUCGACAAAGGGCAAAAAGGUCGAAGGCAACGAUGUCGGUGAAGUGCACGUCAUAUUGAAGCGCAAGUAUCGACAGUACAUGAAUCGCAAGGGAGGAUUUAAUCGUCCGCUGGACUUUGUGGCAUAACGAUACCCAAGAUUGGGGAACGAUGGCGCGAAACAUUGGGUGCCCAUGGGUAUUGGCAGCUUGCGAGUACCAUCGGUACGAGCACGCCGUCGGCCGUCAGACAUGAUG